AUGGAUGUCUUCGAGAUCAGCUUGAAUUUCAGUGAUUCUGUCCAUGGAGGGGACCGGCGAAAGAAGUCGCAACAAUGCCUUGCAGCGAUGUGUGGAUCGACUUCGGGCGCCUUCUCUCGCAGCAAGGCCCUCCUCGGGUCAAUCACGGAGAUCGAGAGGAGCAGAGUGGGUGAGCUGCAAAACCCAGAUCCAGAACAUUCGCUUGCGCCUCAUUGGCGCGUGCAGCAACGUGGAGUGAAAGCCACGGUGUCCAUCAUCAAGCAACUCAUUGAUGGUGUCGCUAACGAUACACAAAAGCUGUUGGUGGUCGAUUUGCUGCCCUCCAGGUUUGCUGAGUGGUCGCUGGCAUGCUGGGAGAUGCAGCAGGCCUACUUGUUGGAAGAGGACACUGUGGAUGUCAGGUUUAUGGGGGUCUACCACGAUGACAAUGCGAAGGAGCUCACCGCCUCUGUGGAUCUUUUGGCUGGCAAAGCUUUGGCUGGCUUCUGGGACAGGUGCGAGAAAGCUGGUCCCAAAAGUCGAUCCGCAAGCGGCUUUCACCAGGAGCUUCCAAGCUUGGAAUGCUUGUCAGUGGUGAAGUAUGCUGGGCAAGCAGGAUUGAAGGAGGCCAUGUCCAAGCUCGAUGACCAUGCAGAUUUGUCCACGGCCUUGAGAUCGCAUCAUUUGGGAACUGCCAGUCCUGCAGCUUCUACCUCUGCUUCAGCCCCAGAGAACCAGACUCGGACCUUGGCUUCGCCAGAGUGGGGCACCAAUCCGCCCAUCAACAUCCGCAGGAAACUGGCCUUGACUCCCUUGCCUACCAGUGGCUUUGAGAGUUCUACAGAGACCAUUGCCUCGGCUGACCUCGCACGGGUGCAAGGUGUCAAGAUUUGCGUUGGCAAGGACAAUUCGGUGUGGCUGCGCAAUGUGGGCAGCCGUGAAGUGGACAUCCCUGCCGGGGAACUGUUCGGAUUUAACACAGGAAGCUUUUCAGAGCACCUGCGCACCGUGGCAGACAUCUUUUGUGACGUGGCCAAGCAUCGAGGUGUCACUGAAGUAAGGGUGGUGGACCACAGCUUGAGACCACAGGCGUGA